AUGACUAUAGUUGGGAACAGAAAGGAACGUUUGUUAAUGGAGUUUAGAAUGAAUUCACCAGAAGAGUCCCGCCAACUACCAUUAUCACCACCUAAACUGAAGUGUGACUCUCUAAUGUUUCGGUUUCCCGCAAGAUUGUGGAAAAUAGUCAACGCUUGUCGAUCAGGGGCGAUAUCUUGGGGACCGAGUGGUAAAACAAUCAGGAUAGUUAGAUCAAAAUUUGAGGCACAUUACCUUACUUCUUAUGACAAGCCGUUCAAAACUGACCGGUUUUCAAGCUUCGUUCGACAGUUGAACCUAUAUGGAUUCAAAAAAGUGGCCGCUCCUAUGGUUUUAGAUGGAGAAAUGAUUGAAUAUGAUGAUUUGUAUGAGUAUCUAAAUCCAAGAUUUAAACAGGGAAGAUCUGAACUACUACCAUAUCUCCAGAGGAAUUGCAAAAAGAAUAAAUCGGACUGGAAACCUUCUCCUUCAGAUCACAAGGGAAAAGCUUUCGAAGAAAUUCAACAAAAUGUUAUCUGUGAGUCAGUGAGCCACGAACAAUCGAGAGAACAUUCCCAGAAAGAGGAAAGAAAGAGGGACAUAGCCAAGGUACAGCAACAAGCUCAUUGGAAUAGUGAAAGUGGCAUAGAAAACCAUCCAUUGUUAAAACCAUUAAACAGAACAGGAACUUUACUUCAACGUAGUCCCUUAAUUCCUCAAUUAUCAGGGCAGCCGGCUACAACCAUUUCUGGAAUGAUUGAUCAAUCUCGGGAGUCAUGGGCUGGAUCUGGAUGGCUAAGACAAGCAUACCACAAUCGUGAUCAGACUGGUCAGGAAGGAACUGACUCUGCGGAUAAAGCGGAUACAACUGAAACGACCAUUAAUGGUGGUUUCCAUUCCAUUGUUAAUCUGAACAGCUGUAGUAUUGAAAAUGAACAACUAGUGUCGUAUGCUAAACAAGGUCAGUUGUACAAUCGUUAGAAGAAUUUGUAGAAAAUAUUUUGGUUGAGGAAUGCAAGAGUGACUUGCAACGUGUUGGUAAAAAUUGUGAUCUACAAACAAAGUACAUGUAUAUGUAUCCAAGAACUCUUUCUAUCGUGAAUCCUAAUGUGAUACCUCUAACUGUGAUAUUACAAAAUAUGAGAAUAACAUGAUUUGUGUAAAUGUAAAUUUAGAUACGAAUAGGUUGCCGAUCAUAAAUAAUCUUAAAUAAAACUGAUGUUCAUGUUUUCUUAUUUU